UGUGUCAUUCUCAUGUUUACAUUAUUUUAAUUUUCUGAAGAUAUUUAUCAGUUGGACCAGGCUAACUGACAUAACGGCGAGAAUACCAGACCACCACCCACCAUGUCUAGCUUAUCCUCUUGCCUUUCCCUGACCAAAAACCUUGUUCAUGCUUCCCUUUCCAACAACAACAACAACAACAAUGGCUCACUACCACCUCCACCACCUCUCCAAGCCAAUCCCACCAAACCUCCAUUGAGCAGCAGAAACCAGACCCCAACAGUUCUACCAAGAAAGAAGCAGCAAAACCAACCACAACGCAAGCCAAGGCAACCUUCUGUCAUCGAAAUCGAACGUGCUAUUGGUGGCGGCAGAUUUCGUGAUGCCGACCCCAGGGAUUUGGAAGAACAGAAGAACGCUAAAUUCGACAUGUCAAUGAUGAACUUUCCUAGCAAGUUUGAAGGGCCAGUGGAGAAGAAGCUUCGCGAGACAGGAGAGUGGAUAACCAAUAAAACUGAAAGAGGCUUCCGUUUGUCCGGCAAGAAAAUUCUGAAGUUUGUGUUUCUGUGGUUGCUACCAAUUUGGAGUUUCUCACUCCUAGUGGCCUCUGGGACCAUCAAGCUAAACUCCCCAUUUAUUAAUGACCUCAUUAUGUGAAUAAAUUUUACUUCAAAUUUUCAACAGUCAAUACAAAUGCUCUGUGUGUAGAUUGGUAGGAGGAGAGCUCUCAGCUGUUUUACAGCAUCUUUUCUUAUCAAUGAAUGAAUUAUAAUUCACCAAGCUCAUAACCUCUGACUUGCACCACAAGAUUAAAAGGCUUUGAUUGCAUAUAGACCAACCAACCAGAUAGUUCAAGAGACUGGAACAAUUGUUCUUCGUUGACCUAGCUCAAGGAUUGAUUGAUUAAAUCAAUUUGUUGAUGCAGAAUCUUUGGGAACAAAACAAUCUAUUCCCAUGGUGUGCGGGCGGGAUCCUGUUGGAAAAUUAAACCAAGCUGGGUGGCAUGUGGCAGGAACUGGAAGAGAGCAAGAUGCACGUGCAGACAGACUGCUCUGCAGCAUCUUUCAUUUCAGAGGCACUCAUUUUUCUUGGUCCAGCUAUGCCCAAAGCUAAAGCUCUGCUUCUUCUUCAUCACCAGCUUCUCAGAAACUACUGUCUGAGUAUUGUUUUAAUAAUUUGUUACAAAUUACAAUAUAAUAUAUGAGUUGGAUCA